CCCUGUCUCUUUCUCUGCACCUCUGCUUAGCUCUUCUUCUUCUUCUUCUUUCUUCUCUCUCCAGUUACCAAAAUCGGAGGUGUAGAUCUGAAAAAACCCAGAAACCCAUAAAAAUCUUAGCCCCAAGAAGAUCUGGUUCUUGGUGAUAGGCUAUCUUUUGAUGUCUUCAGGAGUUUAUGUUUUACUUGUUUGGUAAAGUGCUGCUUGUAGCUGUUCAAUAAGACUACCUGUUGGUGUUAACUGAAUGGCAGUGACAGAUUCUCAAAAUCCUCUUCUUGGGGAAACCACUUGUGGUACGUUAUUGCAGAAAUUGCAGGAAAUUUGGGAUGAAGUUGGUGAAAGUGAUGAGGAGCGGGACAAGCUGCUUCUACAGAUAGAGCAGGAGUGUCUGGAUGUAUACAAGAGGAAGGUUGAGCAGGCUGCAAAGUCAAGGGCACAACUACUCCAAGCCUUGUCAGAUGCCAAACUUGAGCUUUCAACUCUUGCAUCGGCUCUUGGAGAAAAAAGUUUUGUUGGAAUUCCAGAGAAGACCUCGGGAACAAUCAAGGAACAAUUAGCAGCUAUAGCACCAGCUCUUGAGCAGCUAUGGAAACUGAAGGAAGAAAGAGUUAAGGAGUUUUCUGAUGUGCAAUCACAGAUUCAAAAAAUAUGUGGGGAGAUCACUGGGAACUUGAACCUCAGCGAGGCUCCUUCGGUUGAUGAGUCUGACCUAUCUCUGAAGAAAUUAGAUGAAUACCAAGCACAACUCCAAGAACUUCAGAAAGAGAAGAGUGAUAGGCUGCACAAGGUCCUUGAAUUUGUGAGUACGGUGCAUGAUCUCUGUGCUGUCCUUGGAUUGGACUUUUUCAGCACUGUAACUGAAGUUCAUCCCAGCUUAAAUGAGUCUAUUGGUGUCCAAUCAAAAAGCAUCAGCAAUGAUACACUUUCCAGUCUGGCCAAGACUGUCUUAACUCUAAAAGAGGAUAAAAAACUUCGACUUCAUAAGCUUCAAGAGUUAUCAACACAACUAAUUGAUUUGUGGAAUCUGAUGGAUACUCCUGAAGAAGAAAGGAGAUUAUUUGACCAUGUUACCUGCAAUAUUUCAGCUUCAGUUGAUGAAGUGACAGUUCCUGGUGCACUUGCUCUUGAUUUGAUUGAGCAGGCUGAAGUAGAAGUUGAGAGGCUUGAUCAGCUCAAAGCCAGCAGAAUGAAGGAAAUCGCUUUCAAAAAGCAAGCUGAACUUGAAGAGAUACAUGCUCGUGCACAUAUAGAAAUAGAUCCAGAGGCUGCUCGGGAAAAGAUUAUGGAACUGAUUGAUUCUGGGAAUAUUGAACCUUCUGAGUUACUGGCUGACAUGGACAACCAGAUAGCUAAAGCUAAGGAUGAAGCUCUCAGCAGAAAAGAAAUUUUGGACAGGGUUGAGAAAUGGAUGUCAGCCUGUGAGGAAGAGAGUUGGCUUGAAGACUAUAAUCGGGAUGAGAACAGGUAUAAUGCCAGCAGAGGUGCACAUUUAAAUCUCAAGCGUGCAGAGAAAGCUCGAAUUCUGGUGAACAAAAUUCCAGCUAUGGUUGACACCUUGGUAGCCAAAACUCGGGCUUGGGAGAAGAGCGUGGUGUAUCUUUUGCUAUGAAUGGGGGUGGUUCUUCUUGCUAUGCUAGAA